AUGUCGAGCCCGACCGACGUCGAGAGCGUCAAAUUACUCCUUGCCGAAGUCAACACGCUUGGGAGACUCGUGAUCGGGAAUGAUGGUGGCGAAUCAGCUCGCAAAAAGCUGAUAAGUGCGGCUGAGAAGCUCAUUAUUGCAGCGAGAACACCAGGAGAGAAUCUGUAUCUAACGGCAGCUCAACCUUUUCUCAAUGGAUCCAUCAGUGCUGCUUACUCCAUUGGAUGCUUCGACUGCAUCCCCAGUGAUACAAAUGACGACAUGAGCGCUGGAGAGAUAUCUUUGAAGGCGGGAGCAGAGAAAGCCUUAGUGGUUCGCAUCAUGCGUGUCUUGACUUCCUCUCACAUCUUCGUUGAGACGGGUCGAGAGAGAUACGCAUCCAACCACUUCUCCCGAAUCCUGGGCACACCAGAAAACCGUGCUCACUUCCAAAUUCAGAACACAAUUGUUGGCCCUGCAGCCGGAGCAUUGGGAGCAUAUCUCGAGACUCACAACCUCCGAAGUCCCACCGAUCACCAUGAUUCUCCUCUUCAGUUUGCUCUCAAGACCCCUUAUGAUUUUUGGGGCUACCUCAAGGAGGACCCUAUGAGAGCAAAGAUGUUCAACCAGAGUAUGCGGUCAAGUGCUAUAGUGGGAGCUGCUGGAAUACCGCCUUUCCCUUUCGCAGACGAACUAAAAUGCGAUUCAGAGGAGGAAGUCCUCAUAGUCGAUGUCGGAGGCGGUAAAGGCCAGGCACUAGAAUUUAUUCGAAACGGUUUCCCCGAGCUCAAAGGACGGAUGAUUGUCCAAGAUCUACCUGAAGUCAUCAAGGAUACAAAUGGAUCUUCUCAUUUGCUCUCGUCGAUUGAGACAAUGGCCGCGGACUUCUUCAAACCUCAACCUGUACUUGGAGCCAAAGCAUAUUUCCUGCGUCGAAUCAUGCACGACUGGGGGGAUGAGGCUUGCAAAUCAAUACUGAAGAAUCUCGUUCAGUCAAUGAGUGUUGAUAGCAAAAUUCUGGUCAAUGAGCUCGUGUUACCAGACGAAAAUUGCGAAAGAAGGAUGGCACUGAAUGAUCUUGUGAUGAUGUCGUUCGGAGGGAUGGAAAGGACUGAGAGUCAAUGGAAAGCUCUACUUCAGGAAGUAGGACUGGAUAUCAGGAAUAUCUGGAGAAAAGAAGGGGAGAACUUGUCCGUCAUUGAAGCCACGUUGAGGAGCUAG